CAUAUGAGGUGAACUUGCUGUAGUCGCAUCGUGCUAGUCAGCGCACGCUAGUAUUUUGUCUUAGGACGGUGUCGCGUACUUUGGCUCGUUAGGUCAUAUAACUCGUCACAGCGGUGUUUUAAACAUUCUGCUAAUUAGCAGCUUGUCUAGCCUGGCCGAUGCUGCUGCCUGAUGAAUUAAUUGGUAGCUAUCAUGUCAAAGUCGGUACGUUAUUUUUAGCUAGCGCGGCGAGUAGCGAUAACCAAAGCGUGAAUAAUCAGCCAGUUGCUUGAAGAAGGUAAAUAGUAAUGGAGCAGUGGCAGGACGCGGCCUCUCGGCAGGCCGAGCUGCUCACUAAUCGUCUGAAUGAAGCGUUGUCCCAAGGCCUGGCGUGGCUGCGCUCCAAGCUCGGUGUCGAUCUGGGGCUGAAGCCUGAGCUCAUUCCGCCAUGGAUAAUCCUCCCUGCGGCAUGCGUCGGACUGCUGCUGCUGGUCUUUCUGUGGGCCUCGCUGUUGCGGGCUGUGUUCAAGAAGCGGACCGUUCAGAGCUCCGCGGACGACGGAGUUGACGUAAAGCGAGCUACCAAUAAGUUGGUCAAAUCGGAGGAACCGAAGAAAAAGAGGAGAAAGGCAGAAAAGAAACCUCAGCCAAAUGGAAGAGCUGGUGCUGAGCCACAGGAAGAAGCCAUAGUGUCGGAGGAGACAGUGCCACAUCAUCAUUCGCCUCCUCCAGAAGUCAAGGCUGAAAAGGCUGCUGAGCAGACAAAGAAAUCCAAGAAGAAGGCCAAACAAGCUGUGAAGGAGCUCAAGACUGUGACUGGAGAUGGCAAAGAACCAGAAGGAGGAACAUGGGAGACGAAGGUCAGCAACAAGGAGAAACGUGAGCAACGCAAGAAAGAUAAGGGCUCCAGUGAUGGCUCAGCCAGUCCUGGAGGGGGGAACACGCCUGUGAACGUCCCCCCGGAGCAGCCCAAAGCCUCUGCUGCACCUCCUGCACCUGCCAGCCAGAAGAAGAAAAAAGGUGAGGCUGCAAAGGUGAAGGCUGAGAAGCUUGAAGCUGUUGUUUCUCAAGGCAGCAGUGCAGCUGUGGCUCCCAACGUGGCAGUCAAAGUGGCACCAAACGUCGCCGCUCCAAAAAUAAGCUCCUGGACAGCUCAGAGGCAGCCUGCACCACUUUGGAGGGCAGGAAUCGAUGAGUCAUGGACUGUGGUUGACAGGGCCCCGCCAUCCUCAGACCUGAAUCUGGUGUCAUCCUCUGGACUGGGAGUUGGUUCUGCUCGGCCUCAGGCUGUGAGCGACCAUCCCUGGCCCAGUCAGCCCAGAGUGGACGAUGAGUGGUCUGGACUCAACGGGAGUUCAGGUGACCCCAGCUCUGACUGGAACGCCCCAUCUGAAGCCUGGGGCAACUACGAGGAGCCCACCCCCGAGCCUCCUCGUGUCCAGGAGCUGCCCCUCCCCGAGCCGGCCAAGAGUGAUCUCAUGGGAGCAGCUGAUGAGGAUGAGGAUGAUGAUAAGGACAAGGGAGAUGCUACAAGUGAUGGAGCAGCUAAAACUAAGAAGAAGAAAAAGAAGAAGAAGAAGGCUGCUGAGGAGGGGGGAGCAGCAGGCCAGGCUGAGGAGCCUCUGAAGGAGACGAAGCCCGCUGCCUCGGUGAUGAAGCAGCCACAUGCUCAGGAGAACUCUGCUGCCGUCCAGCCUGUCAAAGCUGCUGCUGCCGAGGUGAGAGGAGAGCGACAAGUGAAGGAAAUCAUAUCCCAGAAACCCCCCGUCACACAAGUGCCACAGAAGACCACCAAUGGAGAGCCCACUGCCAAGCAGAACAACCUCCCUGCUCCAACCCUGCAAAAAAAACCUGAGGAGAGUCAAGCGCCCAAACCAGCAAAGAAGAAGAAGGCGAGGAGAGAGACCUGAGACGGCUGCCUCCACGCCUCUGUAUGCAAGAGACUUCACGUCCUGUUUAUGCAACACCUGAAGUGACAGGGACUUUAAAUUACGUCGUAAUUGAAGGAGUUUACCUUAAAACCUGUCUGAAAGUGAAACAGUUUUGUACACAUUGUGUGUCGGUUGUUGGAUCAUUGAAAACUAAAACAAAAUGCAGUGCAAUCUAAUAUAAUGAGGUGUUAAUGAUUUUUAUUUGUAUGCAUCCAAUCUUCUGAUCUUUAAUUCCACUGAAUCAAGUAACUGAAGGAGCUGUAUUCUAGUCCUUAGACGUGUAGAAAAUCCUGAUCAUGUUUAGAAGUUUGUCGUCUUGAUUGAUUACAAACGACGUUGACUCU